AAAAAAAAAAAAACACGGAUAGGAGGAGGAUAUCGCAGCCGAGAUAUAUAUUUUUAAUUCUCUCUCGCUUUUCUUCACGGGACAGGAUGCACGUUGCAGCAGGAGCUCUUCUGCCGCUCGCACGAUCCGAAUCCGGGAGCGUCGGAAUUUGACCGCUCCGUGUCAUUGCCCGGUUCGCCCGGUCCCAGCAGCAGCAGCGAGGAGAGGCUCAAGCUCCCGGGGAGACCCAACAGGAGGAAGGCGGGGAGAGAAACUGUCCUGGACGGCGUGAAAUGAGUGGCACAUCCCGGCUCUGAGGCGAGAGGGGCGGCUGUUUCAUCGGCUCUCAAGGACGCACGGAAAAAAGGGGAAAAGAAGCGGAGGGGGAGGAGGAAGAGGGACAGAAGUGCCCGCCGGCCCGAACUGCGAAGCAUGGAGCGGGACGACACCGACACCAUGAGCUCGUCCAAAAAGACAAUAAUCGCGAGGAUCUUUAAAGUUCGCAAGAGGAGGGAGAUGCUUUUCGUGCAGGUGUGCUUCAUCUGCAGUGUCCUCUUCGUGGCGUGGAGCAUGUCGGCGCUGUUGACCAAGACAGGUCAUGGGAUGGUGGUGGAAGGACAGCCGAACAUGGAAUACUGGGGAAGACGACUCAUGGCUUCAGUUCCAGAGAAUGAGACGGAGCCGAAGAACUGUUCAGAGCCGGCAAUACACGAGUUCCCCGGUGACCUUUUCACCAAUGCAGAAAGAAAGACCGGGGCCAUUAUGCUGCACAUUGUGGCGACCCUCUACAUGUUCCUGGCCCUCGCCAUAACAUGUGACGAGUACUUUGUGACAUCGCUGGAGAAGAUAUGUGAGAAACUCGAUUUGAGUGAAGAUGUUGCAGGAGCCACCUUCAUGGCAGCUGGUAGUUCUGCACCAGAGCUUUUUGCAUCCAUCAUUGGUGUCUUCAUCACCCAUGGUGAUGUGGGGGUGGGCACCAUCGUUGGCUCAGCAGUCUUCAACAUCCUUUGCAUCAUUGGUGUCUGCGGGAUCUUCGCUGGACAGGUGGUGAUACUGACCUGGUGGGCUGUUUUCAGGGAUUCCUUCUACUACAUCCUGUCUGUCUUGGCUUUGAUUGCAUUCAUCUACGAUGGGAAGAUAGUUUGGUGGGAGAGUUUGGUGCUGGUAGUCAUGUAUGCUGGAUACAUCCUCGUCAUGAAAUUCAACUCAAGCAUGCAGAGGUUUUUCAUGGGGACAAAGAAGAAGAACGUGGCCAAUGGUAACGCUGCAGCCAGCAGUGAGAUGGAGGACGUGAAGCCCACCAAGGCUUACAGCCGGGGAUCCGUGGUGAUGGUGGACGAGAUCAUGAACGCCAGCCCUUCAAAGUUCAGGUUUCCAGAGGCUGGGCUCCGUGUCAUGGUCACCAGCCAUUUUGGACCCAAGACCCGUCUGCGCAUGGCCAGUCGCCUCAUCAUUACAGAGCGCCAGAAGUUGGUCCAAGCUGCCAACGGCGUGGAGACACAAGUGAUUGACGGGAAGGUCGAAAUCGAGAACGGAAACGUGCCAGAGGACAAACCCACCGAGGCGGAGGAAAAUGAGACCAUCUCACCAUUUCAUAUUCCAAGGGGCAUCGGCAGCAAGUUGAAGUGGCUGAUCUCAUGGCCUCUGCUCCUGUUGCUGUACCUAACCGUGCCAAACUGUGCCAAGCCGCGCUGGGAGAGAUUCUUCAUGCUCUCCUUCAUCCUGUCAACUGUGUGGAUCGCAGUCUUCUCCUACUUUAUGGUCUGGAUGGUGACUGUAAUCGGCUACACUCUGGGAAUCCCUGAUGUCAUCAUGGGCAUCACUUUCCUGGCAGCAGGCACCAGCGUCCCAGACUGCAUAGCCAGUCUCAUCGUGGCUCGGCAAGGUCUGGGAGACAUGGCGGUGUCCAACACAAUUGGCAGCAACGUGUUUGAUAUUCUAGUGGGACUGGGCGUCCCCUGGGCGAUACAGACCAUGUGUGUAAGCUACGGAUCAGUGGUGAUGAUUAACAGUCGGGGGCUGUUGUACUCGGUGGUGCUGCUGCUGGGCUCCGUGGCCCUCACGGUUCUGGGGAUCCAUGUAAACAAGUGGAGGCUGGACAUGAAGCUGGGUAUCUACGUCCUGGUGCUGUACGCUGUUUUCCUCUGCUUCUCCAUCUUGAUCGAGUACAACGUCUUCACCUUCGUCAACCUGCCCAUGUGCAUAGAGGAUUAGAGCACAGCAGCAUGUCGUGGAUACCAAAACCUCAAUGCUCCCAUAGCAAACCCAAACUAUUUUUCUUUAUUUCAAUAAUACUGGACCUAUCUGCAGACUUCCCCACCCCCCGUGCUCUCCUUGUAAUCCUUUUAGUCCCAAAUAUGAAUCCAAUUUCCUCCAGAGGGAGUUCACUGUAACAGAGGACUCCAUUCUACGUCUCUUCUUAUUUCUCCUCUGGUCACAGUGCAGCUCCUUAAUGUCCAUUAUUUCAGGCGUUGCCUGUCUUGAGUUCCUCUGUGCACCUGUUAACUUUCUUCCCAUCUAGCAUGCCUUUAGAUGUCGGGGACCUCCAGAAUCAUAAGUGCCCCUGUUGAUUGUUGGUGUGUGUUUUCAUUGUUCACAUUGUAGAUUUCCACACACCAUUUUCAAAGCUUUUCCACAAACCAAACCCGAGUCUGUGAAGGAAAAGAAAACAACCAAAAUCCCCAAGUAGAGUGAAGUCUCCUUGAAGUAAUUCCUAAAAGAUGAACCAAGUUACCCCAGCACCCAAAGAAAAACGCACCCUCCUUUUUUAUCUCUCGCCCCCCCCCCCCUCGGAGGAGGGUCUUGUCCCCGGCAGCUCCCCUCCUCCAGCCUGGACCUGACUCCCCCGGCAUGGCCUUUGGCAUCAGGGAGCAGAUACUGUUCGUGCUUCACUCACCCGGCGUAUUUCUUCUCAACCCUGCUUGAUCAAAUUGGCUUUCUUUCCUCUAAAAAAGACAUUGUCGGGAAUGUUUGUGUGGAGAUAAGCCACAGUCUGGAUCAGUUGACUGUGAGGGUGUUAUGCAUAUGCAGCACUGCACAAUGUAAACUUGUAAACACUUUUUUUUGUUUGUUUUUGUAUUUAUUUUUUCAAAACAAGGUUUUGUCUUGUAUGAAAUAUGGAGAGCUCGUUGCAAAUAUAGGACAUUGCCUGUUUUUCACAGAAACAAAUUGCACAUGGAAAUGCUUUUCUUGCUUUGUGCUGUAAGGAGAUUCGACCACUCUGAGGGGCUUUCAGGCCGGUGGCGUGAUUUUCAUUCAGUGAUGGGUUGUUACACUUUUCCCUCUGCACAACUGAACAAAAAAAAACUGUCUCCAGAUACGUGGGAUGCAUCAGAUUUCUGUCCUCAAAUGGAGACUUGUUCUCGUCUUGAGACAGCAGCAGCAUGGAGAUAGUUUUUAAAAAAACAAAUGCAAAGAAACCAGGCAGUUCUCAGUACUGUCUGUUAUAACACCCUUUGGCCAGUAGGGGGUGCUGCAGCCUCUCUACCCAGGGCGGGGGUGCAAACCACAGCUGUCGGUUAUCAGGGAAACUUGGAAAUGGACACAACUCCAAGAGGUGGCGAUGGUGAUGGUCUCUUGAUUUUGAGUUACAUGUAGAUAUUGCACUUUAACAGCCAUCCUCUCAUUCUGAAUCAACUAGUGCUUCCUCCUGUGCGUGUGUAUUUUCAGUGUAUAUGUCUGUGCGAAUGAGAAAGAGUGUGUGUGUGUGUGUGUGUGUGUGUUUGUGUGUAUGCGUGUGUUUUCUCACACCGAGCUCCUGACCCUGAAGCAGACUGGAACCUCGUCGACACCAUGAGCACACCUGCCUGUGUCUGCAGUGCAUGCUGGGACACCGAAACGCAGCUCCUCCACAGCACAGCGAAAGGCUGAGGGCCUCUGGGCGUCUCCAUGGAAACCGCCCGACCCACUUUACAAAAAUCGGCAGCUACGCGCUACACUGCAAUCCAGACAUUUUGACAUCAUGCAAAAAGGCCUGCGACGAGUCCACCAGUGAGGUGCAGAGACUAAAACUAAAGCGUGUGGGCCGUGUUUAGGUGAUUUAAAAAAUAUUCCUCUGCCGCGCUGUCGGCAGCAGGCACUCUUGUAUAUGCAAUCUCAAUGUAAAGAAUCUGUGACCGAAGGCCCCUGCAAGGUUGCCAUACAAAGACGGGAGACCCCGUGGAGAUGUGACGUCAGUUUGUCUCGUGCUACUUGAUGUGUGAGCUCACAGGUGUGUGUGUGUGUGUGUGUGUGUGGAACCGAGCCAACAGUAUGGACCCCUCUCUGCCCCCAUGGCAUUGUGGGAAGUCUGAUUUCACCUCCUACGCACACACACUCUUCUUUUCUUUCGUCUCCUCUCGCACAAGGGCAUUAACUUUCCGCCAACACUAGCUGAAGGAGCAGCGGGGAGAACACAGAUGGAUGAUUUUCUUUUUUCCUCUGUCGCCCUUGGGACUGUCACUUUUCAGUGGACCCGGGUGAGAGCAGACUUUAAGGAAUUUUUAAAAAGUUGGACCCCUUAAACUGCUCCUCUACCUGGGUUCAAAUAGCUGUGUUACUGGAUGGAGGUGACCACACAGGGCCCACAGACUCCUCCGCACACCCACCUGUACGCCCUCCUUCCUCACCCACUGGGUCCUCUGUACAAACGGGACCCAUGUUUUUCACUCUUUUCAUGGGGAAGGCACAUUUUUACUGUAAUUUAGUUGAUUCAGAAUGGGCAGUGUUGAGAUUUGUUGUGUUAUUUUUGGCGUUGCUCUGUGUGGUCAUGUCCCGGUUGCCAGGUUUGAGCGGUAACACCACAGCAGGGGAACACUGCUCCUCUUUUUGUCCUCAUCCUGACACAGCAUAUGUUUUCAUUGGUCGUCUGACUCACAUCUUUGUUAGUUUGUUUUCUUCUGCAGAGCGUAGGGGGAUUGAAAUUUAAAAAAAAUAAAAAAUCAGAUGCCAUACUUGUCGUAGCUCUGCAUAAAUUCAGAUUGUAUGGAAAUCAUGUGUAGAAAAUAAGCGCACACUUAAGAACACGCGUUAGAAAUGGUGAUUGAACACGAGAGAGGACCGGUGUGUAUUUCUUGAUCGAAUGCGACCUGAUGCACUGUGAGCUCAAUGUGACGUGGGAGUUGUUUGUCAAGAAUUAUAAAUGAUUA